GGAUGCCACAAGAAGUAAGAUCUAGGUCAGGGCUGGUGGCCUCCCAAACUCUCACUGCUGUCUCUCUUUUCCCUUCCAGUCACAGCCACUGCAGGGGGCAUCAUGGCUGUAGAUGUGACAGAAUACCAUCUGAGCGUCAUCAAGAGCCCCCCUGGCUGGGAGGUAGGUGUCUACGCGGCAGGGGCCCUGGCACUGCUGGGAAUUGCAGCCGUGAGUCUGUGGAAGCUGUGGACUUCUGGGAGCUUCCCCAGCCCCUCCCCGUUCCCCAAUUAUGACUACAGGUACCUUCAGCAGAAGUAUGGCGAGACCUACGUGGAGGCCAGGCCAAAGCGAGUACCCCCAUGGACUGCCCAGCGGGCCAACACUCGAGGGCCGCCCAGCCGCAAAGGCAGCCUGAGCAUUGAGGACACCUUUGAGACCAUCAGUGAGCUGGGCCCCCUGGAGCUGAUGGGCCGGGAGCUGGACCUGGCCCCCUAUGGGACCCUUCGCAAGUCCCAGUCAGCUGACUCUCUGAACUCCAUCUCAUCCGUGAGCAACACGUUCGGGCAGGACUUCACCCUGGGCCAGGUGGAGGUGAGCAUGGACUACGACGCCACCUCCCACACUCUCCACGUGGCCGUGCUUCAGGGCAAGGACCUCCUGGAGCGGGAGGAAGCCAGCUUCGAGUCCUGCUUCAUGCGAGUCAGCCUGCUGCCUGAUGAGCAGAUCGUGGGCAUUUCCCGGAUCCAGCGGAAUGCCUACUCGAUCUUCUUCGAUGAGAAGUUCUCCAUCCCUCUAGACCCCACGGCCCUGGAAGAGAAGAGCCUGAGGUUCUCAGUGUUCGGCAUCGAUGAGGAUGAGCAGAACGUCAGCACCGGGGUGGUGGACCUGAAGCUGUCCAUGCUUGACCUCGCCCUCCAGCCUUUCAGUGGCUGGCUCUACUUACAAGAUCAGAACAAGGCCGCCGAUGCCGUGGGGGAGAUCCUUCUGUCCCUCAGCUACCUGCCCACGGCUGAGCGCCUCACUGUAGUCGUGGUGAAGGCCAAGAACCUCAUCUGGACCAAUGACAAGACCACAGCGGACCCCUUCGUCAAGGUGUACCUGCUGCAGGACGGAAGGAAGAUGAGCAAAAAGAAGACAGCCACGAAAAGGGAUGACCCCAACCCAGUGUUCAACGAAGCCAUGAUCUUCUCCGUGCCGGCCAUUGUACUCCAGGACCUGUCUCUCCGUGUGACGGUGGCUGAGAGCAGCAGCGAUGGCCGUGGGGACAACAUAGGCCAUGUCAUCAUCGGGCCAUCUGCCAGUGGCAUGGGGACCACACAUUGGAACCAGAUGCUGGCCACACUACGCAGGCCCGUGUCCAUGUGGCACCCGGUUCGGCGAAACUAGCAGCCAGGGCAGGCCAGGUGGGCGGCAGAGCCACUGGGGCCUGGCACAAAAUCAGCUCUCUCCAAUGUUCUCUCCAUCGUCAAGCGAGAGUGGUGAAUGCUGGGCCUCCCUGUGGAGUCCCCGUCCGCCAUCUUGAAUCCUGUCCAGACUGUAGUCAGGGAGCAAGCGUGGCCCUGCGUGCAGGGACCCAGGGCUUCCUCCCACUGCACCAGGACGCCGGGACCGAGCAGCAGACUGGCUCACGGAGCACUGGCUUGAAGUCCUCAUCAUCUCUGUCCCUUGGCUGUGACUUGGACUCGGAGAACUGGCCAGCUCUCCCGCCCCACUGUUUCUGAAGACUAGCUGCCAACAUGGGCCACAAGCCUUUUGGAGAGGCAGGCACUGGCAGUGGGAACAUGAUCAAGGCAUGAAGAAGCUGAGGUCCCCGCCCCGGGGCUGACAAUCCAGUCGUGGGAACUUGGGGAAGGACGGGAGGAGGGGGUGAGGGAGGACCCUUGCACCAGGAAGUUGCUGUGCUUGGAGAGAUCCGAGAGAACUCAGGGUCCCAGGCAGGGUGCAUAGCCCAGCCAGGGCAGGGACAUCAGCCAUCCUGCCAUCAGCCUAGUGGGGACCAGAGUCUCUCUCUGGGCAGAAGAAAGGGAGAGACCCAAACAGAAGCCUCAGGCUCACGAGGCAGAAGUGUUGCCCUCCCUGGCCCUUAACCACAAGAGCCAGAAGUCCCAAGAGGUUGACAGGUUGUAGGAUUGGAUCCCUGCAAAGGGACAGAGGGACAAGGUUCUGGGAGGGACUGGCUAGGAGUGGACAGGCCUCAGCCAGGCCUAACACCGGCCCUCAAGACACUGGUGUCCUCAUUCAAGUUCACGAACACCGUGGCCUCGGGGACACGCAGCAUCAGCCUGAUAGCCAGGGAGAGACCUAAGGGGGUAGGGAAAGUUGGUACCCCAGGGGACCCUGCCUAGGAGCAAAGGGCCUGGGCCGUCUAGCCCCUCCUGAGCUCGUCUUCAGCUUCCCCCAAUUUAGUUGGAGUCAGGGUGUCAGACUUUUCUAGGUGUCACAGGAUAAGGGGGCGGCUUGCAGCUGACAAAGGCAAUCUCAGCAAAGCAGAGCUCUGUACCCUUCACCUUGGAGGUGGGCAGGGAAGGCGCACCU